AUGCCAAAAGGAAAAAAAGGUUCUAAAAAAGAUACUAAAAUCAAAAAAGUUCCCGAAGGGAGGGGAAUAAUUCAUAUUGGAUUUAGUUUUAACAACACCAUUUUGCGGUUAACCAAAGAAAAUGGUGAUGCUUUAGGAGAGACGAUUAGUGCUGGAAACAUAGACCUCGGUAAUGGCAAAAAAGUUAAAGGAACUAAGAAAGGAACUCCCUUUAUGGCCGAAAGAGUUGCCAAAAAAGCGAUCGAGAAAGCGGCUGAAUUCGGAAUUCACGAUAUUAUUGAAGUAAGAACUAAGGGAAUUGCACCUGGUCGAGACCUUGUCGUAAAAAAGUUGCUAGGAGAAAAAUCUCUAAACAUUAAUUCCACUUUUAUUUUCCAUCAUUUGCCUCCUACCUCUGGAAUAGCCAUCGGUAAUUUUCUUCGUCAAAUUCUCCUUAACCACAUCAGCGGAAUAGCAAUUGCAGGGCUAGAAAUAUCUGACGAAAACGGUCCGAUUAAAACCAAAAAAGUUAAAGAGAAGGAAAUUUACAUGGCAGAAAUGAUGGCAGAAAAUAACACCAAAAAAGAGAGCGUAAUUACUGCUGGCGACUUUUCGAAAAUUAAAGAAGUAGAAAUUAAAAAUCCUGAAUUAGAAUUGAUUACUCUUAGUCCAGGGGGGAAGUUAGUGAAUUCACAAGUAGUUGAAGUAUCCGUUGACAAGAAGGAGGAAGAAUUAACUUUAACUGUUAAUACUAAUGGAAUGAUUGAGCCGCGUGAGGCUCUCCAAGAGGCAUUAAAGAUAUCCCAAAAUUUUUUUAGUCAUAUCUCCCAACUGAUUGGCGAUAACGUAAGCACCAAAAAGAAAAAGGAAACCGAAUUAGAACCCGAAACAGUGGCCAAAAAAGAAUUGGGUUGUUUGUCGGUUGAAUUUGAGUGCUUCGAAAAUACAUUUUCCGGACCGGUAAAUUUGAUUGCCGAAAAUGCCGUAAGCAAUAUUACCAAAAGCAUGAAACUGAAAGUAACUUAUGUAGUGGCUGAUGUUAUUUUAUACGGGAAAGUGGAAACUAGUUUAUCGUUUGCUAAAAACAAAGAUAAAGAGAAUUUGACUAAGUUGGUAGCUAAACUGAUUAAAUGGGCUAAGCAGGAUACUUUACAUUCACGCCGAAUGGCUUUACGUUAUUUAGUGAAUAAAAAGCAUUCAGGAGUAGUGAACAAAUUGUUCACUGAAUUAAAAGAAAAGUAUCAGGAAAGAAAAGGAGGUUAUACAAGAAUUACUAAACUCGGAUUAAGAAAAGGAGAUAGUGAUUUGCGAUUCUCAAUUAGCCAAGAAGAAGAUAUGAUUAUUAUUGAAAACGGUUCGGCUAACCAAAGUCCUCUAUUCAAUUAUGGCUUAGUAAUAGCACUAGUAAUGGUUGGAAUAGGAGCAUUCGAGUCUUCGACUGGGCGCCAUUUUAUAAUGCCAGAGUUUAAGAUUAAGGUUACUUAUCUUGGAGUUAGGAAAGGGAAAUUUUUUAAAGACAAAGAAUGGGUUGAUUACCAUAAGUUUUCAGUAGAAAGACCGGAAAAGCUUCCUCAGCAAUAUUUUUCACCUCAAACGCGUUUAGGAAAAAGUGAUUUUGAGGUUUCCUUUGACUUUAUGCCUUACUGCUGGAUUUUUAUUUCACCUGAUUUAGUUAAGAAGGUCGGUCAUGAUUUUAAAAUAGACCAAGCAUAUUGUUUUUUAGUGAAGUUAGGAGAACCAAAAACGGCUGAUUUUACCAUUUACUACUAUGUUCCUCCAGAAGGAUAUGAAUACGAAGAACACAAAAUGGUCCUAAAAGCCAAAGAUUAUUGA